AUGAUGUUCUUCACCGCCUACCACGACGAGAACGGGGUGCUGAUACUCAAAUUGGAAAAGAUCGCUCGAAGGUACCGGAAGGGAUGGCUCUGGUUCGACCUCGUCGCGGCCGUGCCGUGGGAGUGGCUGAUGUCCACCACGUCGGGCUUCGCCACGACCACGAAGUCCGUGCGCGUCAUGCGCGUCAUCCGCCUCCUGAGGUGCGUCCGCGCCAUACGGGUAACGAAGCUGUCUAGCUUCGCCAGCAGGAUGGAGACGUAUGCGCAGGCGCGCUCCCACGAUGGCUUCAUGAGGUUCUUCAGGCUGUUCCAGCACAUCGGAGGCAUCGGCAUAUUUGUUCACUGGACGGCGUGCAUGUGGUAUUACGUCGGCGUGCACGGGGACGACAACGGCAAGUCGGGACGCGCACUCGAGCCCAAGCAGGCCGGCUCGUCCGUUGGGAUGGCCCAUGGCUGGUCGGGCAGGUAG